GCUAUCCACGAACACCGGACAUAAGACCUCGAUAAUCUGUGGGUGCACGCGUGCUUCGCUCCAUCUGAUCCCAAUGUCCCUUCCUCCGGUGCUGUAUCAUUACUUCGAACACGCUCUGCCGUAUGCGCGAACACUCGCACUUCAGGAGAAGCUUUACCAGAUACAACUCGCGAGUCGUCGAACAGGUUCUCACUCUGACAUCCUUCUUCUUCUUCAGCAUCGGCCAGUUUAUACCGCCGGCCGUCGGCAAACAGAAGAUGAAGUCAGCGACGAACGUUCCCGCCUCACUACUAUCGGUGCUGACUUUGUCACCACGGGCCGUGGAGGUCAACUCACCUAUCACGGUCCGGGCCAACUCGUCGGAUAUCCUCUGCUCGAUCUAGCGCGUACAAAACCGCCCCUUGGGAUCAGGGACUACAUCUGCAAAAUUCAACGAACCAUACAGCUUCACCUCAGGAGCGCGCAUGGAAUACAACACGUCCCUUCAGACAACACUGGCGUGUUCUUGAGCCCCACUGCAAAAAUCGCGAGCAUUGGCGUGCAAGUUCGACACCGCUUGACAACGCACGGAUUCGCACUCAACGUCACCCCAGAACCUCGAGCGUGGUUUGAUGAAACCGUGGCUUGCGGAUUGGCGGACGUUCGAGCAGCAUGUAUUGCAGAUGCAGCUGGGAAGAAUGUGACUGUGCCGGACGUGGUGCCUGACAUUGUCGAAGUCUUCGGCCGUACCUUUGAUCGAGAUAUGGAGAAGCUUCGCCUUCAGUCAGCGGGGGAGAUAGGGGAAGCCAUCGCGGGUUUAGAAGAAGAGGCUAGGGCAGCUGGAGACUGCCUGCCAAAGCCUCUUCUCUGAUCUACAGAUUUCAUUAUAAUUUAUACCCUGCACAUGGCUAUCUUUCUGCAGUCACUAAUUAUUCCCUCGGACGGCGAUGCUCUCUGGCCGUGAGUCUUCGUCACGAGCAUAGCACAUGAUUGCUUCUCAGGCAGUCAUACCCUGCCCUUGAGUGGACUCACAGCAAGAGAUGGCGCAAAGAAUGACUGCGGAAUCAUCAUGCCAGGCCGUACCGCGGAUCAUUUUAGCGGGAUAAUACUGGUACUUGAUCUCAUACAUUAC